CCGUAGCCGAGUAGGAAACAGCCGCGCGGGUUGGUUGGUGUGAGAAUAACAUUUCGCGGGAGAUUAGCAAGCAGCAGUGUGUCUGCUGUCAACACGAACCACUCUAACAUUCACUAAAUCCAUAAAGCAAUGAGUUUGUGGGUGGACAAAUAUCGUCCGUCGUCCCUCGGGAAGGUCGACUUCCACAAAGAGCAGGCGGCUCAGCUGAAGAACCUGGUUCAAUGUGGCGACUUCCCACACUUGUUGGUGUACGGUCCAUCGGGUGCAGGAAAGAAGACCCGCAUCAUGUGUCUGUUGAGGGAGCUGUAUGGUCCUGGGGUGGAGAAGCUUCGCAUAGAGCACCAGACCAUUGUGGCUCCCUCAAAGAAGAAAAUUGAGAUCAACACCAUAGCCAGCAACUAUCACUUGGAAGUCAAUCCAAGUGAUGCAGGGAACCAGGACCGUGUUGUGAUUCAAGAGCUGAUCAAAACUGUGGCACAGUCUCAGCAAAUCCAGUCAAGCACACAGAGAGAAUUCAAAGUGGUGCUACUAACAGAGGUGGACAGACUGACGAAGGAUGCCCAGCAUGCUUUGCGUCGGACUAUGGAAAAGUAUAUGGCCACCUGCCGUCUCAUCCUCUGCUCCACCUCUACUUCCAAAGUCAUCGGGCCAAUUCUGAGCCGUUGUCUGGCAAUCAGAGUUCCCCUGCCGAGCACAGAGGAGGUAUGCAGUGUUCUUACAUCAGUCUGUAAAAAGGAGGGUCUGCUCCUCCCACCUGAGCUGGCCAAGCGAAUCAGUGAGAAGUCUGGCCGCAACCUCCGUAAAGCCCUUUUGAUGUGUGAGGCCUGCAGAGUGCAGCAGUACCCAUUCUCAGUGGACCAAGACGUCCCAGAGACAGACUGGGAGGUUUAUCUCAGAGAAACGGCUAAUGCCAUCGUCAGCCAGCAAAGUCCUCAAAAGUUGCUGGAGGUUCGAGCUAGACUGUACGAGCUCCUGACUCACUGCAUCCCUCCUGAGAUUAUCAUGAAGUGUCUGGUGAAAGAGUUGCUAAAUAACUGUGAUGGCCAGUUGAAGACAGAGGUAGCUCACAUGGCAGCCUACUAUGAACACAGACUACAGAUGGGAAGCAAAGCUAUCUAUCACCUGGAGGCUUUCACUGCCAAGUUCAUGGCCAUCUACAAGAAGUUCAUGGAAGAUGGUUUGGAUGCGAUGAUGUUUUGACUUCAAAUGGACUUAAAGACCAAUAUUUUUCUGGUCAGGAGUUUAACAGCAUGAUGCUUUUCUUUGUUGCUUCAACACAACUUUCACUGGACUUCAGGCUUGUAUUCUUUUAGGCAUUGUGGUGACACUGACACAGUUAACCUCACAGUAAGUCUUACAGCACUGAAUGCUUUUAGUGAACUUGCUGUAGGUGUGUAAAAUGCAAAUAGGAUGAUGUGAAACACCAAAAAAGAAGUUUUGAUAAAGGCAGUGGAAAACAAUGAUUUGUACUGAACAUUAAAAUAAAUUGCUUUGUUUACAGCA